UAAAUUUGCAAAGGACUCUUGAAGAACAUUCACUAUUAAGAUGCCAUCAUAGCUAAGGGACAGACUCUGGAUACUUUCCAUUUUAGGAAGCUAGACUGAAAUGAACAUUGUGAAAAAAGUCAAUUUCAUGAUACCGUGGAACAUAAUUUAUGUUCAUUUUCUGCUGUUUUCCUUGGAAGGAUCUAUCUGUGAAUUCUCUCUUUUGAAAGGAACUGCACGGAAUGACUUUAAUGCAAUUCGUCACAAAAGAGAUCUCUUAGCAGCUAAGACUAUAGAAGUUUCUUCUGGGGCUCAUGUUAAUGAAUCCUUUUCUCAGGAUCAAAAUUCAUCAGAAGGUUCUUGCUCUCUAGAAUGCCUUAAUGGAGCAAUUUGCACAGAGGCUGGAGUAUGUGACUGUGAGACCUUCCAGGCACAGGGCAAUAGGUGUCAAACUGUUCCAAACUCUGGCAAAGACAGAGACGGCAUUUGCAAAUCAUGGGGGCAGCAUCACUUUGAAACAUUUGACGGCAUCUACUAUUACUUCCCAGGAAAUUGUUCAUAUAUUUUUGUAAAAGACUGCAGUGAUCCAGAACCUCAAUACACUGUAUGGAUUAAUAACAGCCCACAUUGUGCUGGUUCUGUGUACUCUUGCUUGCGGUCCAUCAGCCUGUUCGUUUUAAAUCACGAUGAAAUAAUCAUAUUGGGACAUGAAGUAAAGAAAGGCAGAGUCAGGUUGAUGUUGCCCCAGACAAUUGGAAAUAUUUUCAUUGAACAAUUAGCAGAUUACAUUCUGGUGAAAACUACCUUUGGCUUUUCCCUAGCUUGGGAUGGAAAUUCUGGGAUUUACGUUAAACUAACAGAAGAACACAAAGGGAAAACAUGUGGUCUGUGUGGAAACUAUAAUAGCGAUAUGUCAGAUGAUUUCUUAUUACAAAAUAGUAACUAUCAAGAAGAUAUUGCUAAAUUUGCCAAUAGUUGGUCUGUGCAAACUCCAGAUGAUGAUACUUGUAUACCUACUGCCUCUGAUUUUCCCAGUCCCUGCUUUAUUGAUUCAGAGUCUUAUGAGAACAUCUACAUCAAGUGCCAAAUACUCUUGCAGUUUCCUUUCCUCAGCUGCCACCAAAGCAUAGAUCCAUAUCCCUAUAUUUCCAGCUGUAUGAAUGACCUUUGUCAAAAAGAUGAUGAUGACACUUACUGCCGAGCAGUGACGGAAUAUACUAGAUCAUGUUCACAUGCAGGUUACCCAGUACGAGAUUGGAGGGAUGACUUUCCAGCAUGUACUGAAAAGUGUGACGAUAGCUUCAUCCACCGAGAUUGUAUCAGCUGUUGUCCACCAACUUGCACUUUUGAGAAGGACUGCCUUGGCAGUAACCUCCAUUGCUUAGAUGGAUGCUACUGUCCAGAUGGUCUCAUACUGGACAAUGGAACCUGUAUUUCUGUGUCAGAUUGCCCUUGUGUUUAUCAUGGGACAGCUUUUCCUGUAGGCUCAAAAAUAGAGCAAGAAUGUAGCAACUGUAUUUGUAUUGGUGGCAUUUGGAAUUGCACUGAACAUGAUUGCCCAGUGGAAUGCUCAAUUGUUGGUGAUUCUCAUUUCACAACAUUUGAUGGACGCCAUUACACUUUCCUUGGGAUUUGCCAGUACAUUCUGGUGAAAGGCACUGGGAAAGACACAUUUACAAUUACUUUACAAAAAGCUCCCUGUGGUCAGAAUCUUGAUCAUACAUGCAUUCAAGCAAUAACACUAGUUCUUGAAGAUGUAAGCAAACAAGUGACUCUGAAUCGGGGUGGUGAAGUUCAGUUUGCUUCUUCCAACCAGGGAUUUAACUUUAAUGGAUAUGUUGAAGUGCAGAACCUGUCUUCAUUGUUUGUGCAACUGAAAACUAAGUUUGGUUUAAGAAUUCAGUUUGCUAAAGAUGGAGAGAGAAUAUAUAUUCAACUCAGUUCUGGCUGGAAGGGAAGAACUCUGGGUCUUUGUGGAACUUAUAAUGGAAAUUUGAGAGAUGACUUUCUUUCUCCAGCAGGAAUGAUUGAAGGAACUCCACAGCUUCACGCCAAUGCAUGGAAGGUGUCUUCAGCAUGCCAUGUGCCUGUCAAUGUCCCUGUGGUUGAUCCUUGCAACAUUAACCAACAACAUGUUGGUUAUGCAUCCCAGUGUGAUUUAAUCAAUCAAGACCUCUUUUCUCCAUGCCAUGCCUACAUCAGUCCAGAAUUGUACUACCAAUUGUGCCGCUUUGAUGCUUGCAAAUGUGGGAGCACUUGUUUGUGCAAUGCACUUGCACACUAUGCCUAUGUAUGUCACAAACAUGGAAUUACUGUUGACUUCAGAUCUCAUGUCUCAUACUGUGCAUUAGUGUGUAAAAGUGGUAUGCAGUAUCACCAGUGCUCUUCCUUCUGUGAGCGCUCCUGUUUUUCCUUGUCUUCUUUGGAUGUUUGUGAUCAUGACUGCGCAGAAGGGUGUAAUUGCCCAGAGGGGAAAUACUUUGAAGCAUCUAUCAACUUUUGUGUGCCAAUGUCUAGCUGCCGAUGUUAUUAUAAAGGCAGAAGUUUCCAGCCUGGGGAAAUGCUACCCACACCCUCAGGCUUUUGCCAUUGUCUGAAUGGAACAAUGAAAUGCACUGAAGUUGCUGCUGUUCCUGCAGUUCACACAUGCCCCGAAGAAAAAAUCUACUAUGACUGCCGAUCUCAUGUACCUGGCUUGCCAUCAGCUGGAGUGAACUGUGAACUAUCUUGUGCAAACCUUGCCAUGAACUUUACUUGUACACCAGCACCACCAUGUGUGAGUGGUUGUGUCUGCCCCCCUGGAAUGGCAGAACAUAAAGGAAAAUGCUAUGUCCCUGAUAGCUGCCCAUGUACGUGGAAAGACUGGGAAUAUAUGUCAGGAGAAAUAAUAACUACACCUUGUUAUACAUGUGCUUGUCGACGUGGGAUAUUUAAUUGCACUUACUAUCCCUGUCCUGCUGUCUGUACUGUUUAUGGGGAUCGGCAUUAUUAUACCUUUGAUGGACUAGAAUAUGAUUUUGUCAGUGAUUGCCAAGUUUAUUUGGUAAAGAGUUCAGACAGAUCGAACAUAUCUAUAAUAAUUCAGAACAAGAAGUGCUUUGAUAAUGACAUCAUUUGCUCCAAGAGUGUCUUUAUCUCUGCUGGAGACACUGAGAUUUAUUUCAGUGACCCUGUAGAUGUACAGAGAAUGCUGAGGAUACAUGAGAACAAAACCAAGUAUCAGCUUUGGAAGGCUGGACAUUAUACAGCAGUACACUUCCCAGAGCAGGAAAUCACUAUCCUGUGGGAUAGAAAGACAACAAUGCAUAUCAAAGUUGGAGCUCAGUGGAAGGGUAAAUUGGCAGGUUUGUGUGGGAAUUUUGAUAAAUUCACUUCAAAUGAUCUGACUACAUCCAACGGCAUGGAAGUAAGAAAUGCUCAAAUGUUCGGAGAGAGUUGGGCAAUAGGACAGUGUGCUAGCCCAAAUGACACCAUAAAACCAUGUGAAGUACAUCAGAGCAAGUUCCCUUAUGCCAAAAAGGAAUGCUCGAUUUUGUACAGUGAUGUUUUUGCCCCAUGUCGCAAUGUGAUUGAUGUGACAUCCUUUGUCAAAAAUUGUCAUACGGACACUUGCAACUGUAAUCUUGGUGGAGACUGUGAAUGUCUGUGUACAAGUAUUGCAGCUUAUGCUCACAAAUGCUGCCAGCAGGGUGCUGUCAUUCACUGGAGAUCUCCUUCCCUCUGCCCUUAUGACUGUGAUUAUUACAACCAAGGCCUUGGAGAAGGACCAUAUAUUUUGGCAAGCUAUGGUCAAAAUGACACAGUUAUAGGAGUCAACAUCAGCAGCAGAAAGAUAUUCCCUUUGCCUAGAAUUAGUAUGAAUAGAAAUGUAUAUUUUAACUUCAUGCUAACUCCAGGACUUUUUAAAGAUAAACUAUUGUCUCCAUCUCUGGUUUCCCUUGAGUCUGCUGAAAGACCUAACUACUUUCUGUAUGUCCAUGACAAUGGAAGUGUUUGCUUAGAACAGUGGGAAACAAGUGCAUCAUUUCAUAAAAGAGCCACUUUCUUCCAUCAUCAGGGCCUUUGGAUCCCAGGUUACAGUGCCUUUGAAUUGCAUAGCAAAAAAGGAUUUUUCAUUAUACUCACUACAACUGGUGUGAAAGUAUCAAAAUAUGAUUACUCUGAAGAAUUCAAACGUUCAAGCAGCUUCAGCAUAGAGGAGCUUCAUACAGCAAUACCUUACAGAAGAAUGUGUGAGUGGAGAUAUGAACCUUGUUCAAGUCCUUGUGUUGAAACAUGCAGUGAUCCUGAAGGAAUAGCAUGUAAAUUUCUCCCACCAGUUGAAGGAUGCUUACCAUAUUGCCCUAAAGAUAUGAUUCUCGAUGAAGUCACACUUAAAUGUGUUAACCCAGAAGACUGCAUACCUAUAAAAUCCACAGAAUCUGUUUUUGUCACCAAAUGGACCACAGAAAUAUUUUCUCAGAUGUCUACAAUGUUUGUUACUGAAGGGGUUGAGCCAGCACACAUUAAUCUAACUACCAAAAUGACAAUUGAAGAAGUUACAAAGCUAAAAGGAACAAAUGCUACAGAAAAACUACUUACAGAUUCAGCUGCAUCAAGCAUGUAUUUACCUGAUUUUCCACCAGUUCCAGAUCAACCUUCUGAAGUCAGCUACAGCACUACAAGCCCACCAGUGCUACUUAGACCUAUAUCCCCAACAGCUUCAAAAGUCACAGCAGUAACCUUAAAAGAAACAUCAUAUAGCAUAACUCCCUCAUUCUCUAUCUCGCCUCCUUCAUCUCUAGUUGUAUCAUCAUUUCCUGCUUUUCCUUUAAUAACCACAGCAUCUACUGUACCAUUAGAAUAUGCAACCUCUUUGUCUAUGUUAGCCACUCUACCACUUGGACCAGAUGGUAUUAAAAUUCCUACAAGCAUCUUAACUACCAGAAAUCUUGCAACAAGCCAGUCUCAGACGUCAGGGGCAGCCACACAAUCUUUAUUAACUGAAAAAAUGUCUUAUUCAAGUCCCAAGUUAUCUUCAGGUUCACCUUCAAUACAAACGUUUUCUGUGACUUCAAAAAGUAGGUCAACUGAGACUCCUCCUCUUAUUUAUUCAUUUUCUCUUUCUGAGCUAACUACAUCUGAGAGUCCCUUAUUUACUUCUAGAUUUACUACAUUUGCAACAAGUCCUCGUCACACUACCACAGCUUCAGAUAUGGUGACGAUACAACCUGCCUCACAAAUAUCAACUGGUACUUUCAUGCCCACGUCUGCAUCUCUAAAAGUACUCAUGACCCCUUCUGGACAUAUUGUACCCUUAAUUACAAAACAUGUUUCUGCUUUUGAAGAUAAAAUCAGGACAUCAUCUUCAAUUGUUGAAAGGACACCUACAUCCAUAUGGUCUUCACUGAGUCCCAAAGAGGCAUACAUGAUGCCUACAUUAGUGCCUCCUCCGAUUACAACACAAAGACCCAAAGCAACUGGAGAAGUCACAAUUGUCUCAAAGAGCUUUCAUAUAGGGCCUUCUACAGCAUCUCUUCCAGGCAUUCCCCAAACCUCUAAAACAUCAAGUAAGCAUACAUUACACACUGAUUUAUCUCCAGUAUCAACUGUUCAUGGAAGUUCAGCAGAAUUUGCUAGAACUAGAGCUUUACCUAGUAGUGCCUCAACAUUACCUGUAACAAUUUCAUAUGAUACACCACAAACAACAUCUAAAGCAACUGUACACUUGUUUGAUCUACACACAAAAUUAAAAACUGCUUCGGUGAUGAAAAGUUUGGACACUUUUCCAACUUCUACAGAGUCUCCAGGAACCUUAUCUGCUUUUACAAGUCCAUCGACAUUACUCACACUGCUAUUAACAACAAGAUCUUCUGCUCCUCAGACUUCUGCCUCAGAAACUCAUUCUGAAAGUUCAUCAGCUAUUCCCACAAUUAGUGCAAAGUCUGCUGUAAAACCAGCAGGCACUCACAUACAGAUGCCGGUCAUAUCUUUAGGUAUGCAUACUACCUCAAGGAGCCCAGGAUCAUAUCCUGCAUCUUUUCCUCCAGUUAUUCCUUUAUUAACUUCAAGCACAGGUAUCUCUGCAACAGAUACUGCAUCAUUACUUCCUCCUGAGAUUUCAGAUAUGACAAUACAACCAUUAGGAACAAGAAGUUCCUCUUUGGUUUCACCAGACAAUAGGACAAUAUCUUCAAUAUCAAGUGGUCUGGACACUAAGUCUGCAGAGACAGCACUGACAUUUUGGAAUACUACAUCAGCCUCACCUGACAUAACUGAAAAGUAUUCCCUUAGGUCCCCAGUACCUUUAUUAGUUUCCUCUGCCAGCACAAUAGUUCCUAGUCAAACUGUGCAAGUCACUGACCUAUCUUCUAUCACUUUUGAACUUUAUACAACUAUUACUACAGUCCCAGUUCCUGCAACCUCCCAGAUAUCUGCAUAUGCUCCAAGCUCUACUUCGUUUACACACAAGCCCUCCAUAGAGGCAUUCGGAACUACAGCCAUAAAAAUGGAUGAAAUUACAGUAUCAGAUUUGGCAAAGCUAAAUGCAACCUCUAUUGGGAAAACUGCAUAUGUCUUAGAAAGUAAUCAGACCUCAGAAGUUAAAGACCAUGUUACAGAGUCUAAAUAUGUGAGCCCUGAAGAACCUUCACUACUUCCUUUGACAAUGUCUCCCAUCCAGAUGAUUCCAUCUAUAAAUGAAAGCAGCACGGCUUCAGUGAAACCAGUCUCUUUUUCUAAAGUGAUGGAUAUAACAUCAGACUGGUCUAGAGUUUCACCACCAAAAUCAAUUAGACCUUACUACAAUGUCACUGAACCAGAGCAGGUGAAAAUCACCAGCUUGCAGAAUGUCACAAUAACAGAUUCACCUUACUCCACAACAGAGCCUGUGGGAAUCCAAACGUCACAAGCUGAAAUAGAAAUCAUGACAACAGAAAGUGUGGAACAAGCUUCAUUUGGUACUAUGAUACAUACCUUGAUAUCUGUGACAUCACCAGAAUGUACGCCAAGGUAUCUUGAUCCAGUAGACAGAUGUAGUCAGUAUGUGUGCAUUAAUAUGGGAUGGAUGCUCUACAAUCUCUCAAGGAACUGUCAUAAAAAUGUGGAGAAACCUGACUGUGGUUUUCGAGGGAUGCCAGUCCAAGUUAAUAGUGACAGCUGCUGUCCAGAAUGGGAAUGCCCUUGUCAAUGCUCUAUCCUGUCUGAACUGAGUAUUAUUACAUUUGAUGGAAAUAAUGUAGCGCUAUAUAAAGUAGCAUCCUACAUUUUAGUCAAGCUACCCAUGGAAAUUAUUGUCGCUCAUAUUGAAAAAUGUCCCACUAACCAGAGUGCCAAUUCAAUUAGGAAAAUAGUUCCACCAGAAAGUGCUUUAGGCCUCUGUUUUAAGAAACUUAAUGUAACAACAUCUUCCAAUUCAGUACUCAUCAACCGUUUAGCAAGAAAGGUAGUUGUGGAUUCAGUGAUUCAGCCUUUGCCCUUCUCUAAACAUGGCUUAUGCAUUCAAGAUACAGGUGCUAUGUAUGUCAUUAACACACCAGCGGGGAUCAACAUUAAGUGGGCUCAUGUUACAGGCAUUAUAGAUAUCCAGUAUGGCUUUCACUCUAACACCACCACCACGACUGAAGGACUUUGCGGUGUUUGCAAUGGUGAUCCAGUUGAUGAUCUGAGAAUGCAAAAUAGAACAAUAAUUACAAAUAUGGAAGAAAUUGAGGCUUUUAUUAAAAGCUGGGAAAUUGAGAAAUCUUUAGAGGUAACAACCAGGAGACCUAUAAGAAACUGUACAGAAGACAACUGUACAUAUUGUAUGGAACUGCUACAUAGAUGGGCUUUUGCUCCCUGUCAUAAAAAAGUUUCACCACAAGACUUUUGUGAAAAAAUGUGGAUUAACAAUACUUAUUUCUGGAAUUAUGAAUGCGAUGCUCUUUCUGCAUAUGUGGCACUGUGCAACAAACAUAACAUCUGCAUUAAAUGGAGAACACCAGAUUAUUGUUCCCUUAGCUGUCCUGAUGGAAAAGAAUACCAGCCUUGUGUGCAACCCUGUGCUGCCAAAACAUGCCUAAAUAAAUGGUUCUAUGAAGAAUCACCAUGCUCCUACUUAAGAGAAGACUGUGUUUGCAAAAAUGGGACCAUUCUUCAUAGAACUGAUGCUGAUCUUUGCAUUCCAGAAGAAAAAUGUACAUGCACAGAUAAUGAAGGGCAGCCCCAUGCUGCUGGAGAGGUCUGGAAUGGCUCCAAUAAAGGUUGUUGCAUGUAUAAAUGUUUGGAGAAUGGGAGUAUUGUUGCUAUAGAGCCUGAAUGCAGUGAAGACCCACCUCCCAUCUGUGAGCGAGAGGGUGAAGCAGUUAUUAAUGUAAUUGAAGAGAGGGCGUGCUGUCCAAAGAAAGUCUGUGAAUGCAACAUGACUCUAUGUGACUCUAUUAUUCCAACAUGCAAACUUACUGAAAAGCUAGUAGUGGGAUACAGUCUUUCAUCAUGCUGUCCCCAAUACCGAUGUGAUUGUGAUCCAUCAGCAUGUCCCCGUGCUUCCCGUCCAGAAUGCAGAGAAGACCAAUUUAUUGUUGAAGCAAAACAGGAGGACCCUUGCUGUUUUUCAUAUUUGUGUGUUUGUGAAUCCUGUAUAGAACCUAUUCCAUUAUGUAAUGAAGGUGAAAUUCUUACUGUAGAUCUCAGCACUACAAAAUACUGUUGCCCUCAUUAUCAUUGUGUUUGUGAUGAGAACCUUUGUCCAUUACCAUCCAUGAACUGCUCUGCUGACAUGAAACUUCUGAAGAAAAAAGUACCUGGGCAGUGCUGCCCAGCUUGGCAGUGUGAAUGUGAUUGUGAAAAUGCUACUGUGCCAGCUUGUAAAGUGGGAGAAGUUCAGAGAAUAUAUUAUAAUAUUUCAAGUACAUGUGGAUGCACACAGUACACAUGUGAAAAGGAUAAUGUCUGUGUAUUCCAAGAAGUAACAGUUCUGAACCCCGGUCAGUCUAUGAUUCAAUAUCUGGAUGGAGAUCUUUGUUACAUAGUAAAGUGUUCUCCAGACAGAGACCCCAGGACAGGAUUUCAUGUCAUGGAUCUGACUGUAAUCAACUGUUCCCAAAAAUGUGAAGCUCACCAAACAUACAUCCCUUCACUGAGUCAACAUUCUUGCUGUGGGUCCUGCAUAAAUGUGUCAUGCACUUUCUACAGUGAGAAUGGAACCCUAGUCAUAUAUGAGGAGGGAGCCACCUGGGACUCAAACUGCACUAAAUAUGAAUGUGCAAAGACUGCUGUAGGUGCAGUAAUUCUUGGAUCCAGUGUUGUUUGCCCACCUUUUAAUGAGACUGAGUGUACAAAGAAUGGAGGCACUGUACAGACAUAUAACGAUGGCUGCUGCAAGACCUGCAAAAGAGAUGAAAGAAUCUGCCAAAAGGUCACAGUAAGAACAACUAUAAGGAAACACGACUGUGUGAGUCGAAGCCCUAUAAAUGUGGCUUCUUGCGAUGGAAAAUGCCCCUCUGCCACAAUUUUUAAUGUCAACAUUGAUAGCCAUUUGAGGUUCUGUAAAUGCUGUCGUGAAAAUGGAGUACAGAAUCUAACUGUACCACUCUACUGCUCAGGAAAUGGCACUGACAUUAUGUAUGUCAUCCCAGAGCCUGCAGACUGUUCAUGUCAGUGGAAUUAAGAAUGUGAUUAAUUAUUUUAGAGAUUAUAUUCAAGCAGGAAAUGUAUAUGUUUAUUAUUGGGAUUAUUCAGAUUUAAUAAAUAUAUAAUUAAUAUAUUUUUCUAAUAUUUCAGACACAUUAAUUCAAAACUUGAUGCUAUUACAGCAGCUAUACAU